AUGGAUUACCGAAACGCGUUUUUCUGGUAUCAGUACGACCCCACAAAGUGGUUCAUAGCGUUCUGUGGAAAGGUCGGAUUAGCAAGCCACUUACGUGUCUUCCCAAGCAACGAGAUAGCUAAAAGCCAAUUGGCUAUGAAGCUAAAAGAACUCAAACGUACUCAAGAUUCUCUCAAGUGGCCCACCCCAAACGAAGAGUUACCAGUGGUGUCCUGGGAUACAUUCCAGGAAGAAGCUCAAUCGAGGCCUUUGAUUCUCGUUGCUGGUUAUAUUCAUGACGUUUCUCGCUUUAUUGAUCAGCAUCCGGGUGGGAGACAUCACCUCGAAAACAACUCUGGAAAAGAGAUGACUGCCUCGUUUUAUGGAGGAAUCUAUAGGCACUCUCGUGCAGCCCAUAAUCUUUUAGCAAUGAUGAGAGUAGGAAUUCUAGACUGUGGUGUCGAAACACCUAAAAUCCCUGUAGCUAUAACACGCCGGCUAAACAUAUCUGAGCAAGAUAUUUAA